AUGUCAAUAUAUUCUCUAUGGUGUAUGGUCAUUACAUAGACAACAUCAAAGAUUUUCUUCGGAUAUGGCCGCUGUAUCGGCAAUACAACAUCUGCAAUGUUUUGUAUUCAUUUUUAUAAAAUGAAUGAAGUGUUUUUUACCUUUAUGUAGUGAUUAGUAGACUGUGCAUAGUUCUGUGAUAAUUGUAAUGGAUGCAGAGAGCGAGUACGAAAUAAAGAGGGCUCGUGAUGCAAUUCAAACGAUAGAGACUAUCCAGUCUAUGAUAGACGUUUCAGCAGAUAUUCUCGAGGGCUUGAGGACACAAUGUUCGACGAGUGCGGAGCUUACACAACAGGAAAUCCGGACCCUGGAGGGCAAGCUGGUGAAACAUUUUUCUCGCCAGCUAUUUAUAAAGGCACGUUUCGGUGAGGAGCUUCAGCGCGAGCUGUGCCGCGUGCCAUGUCUCGCGCAGUGGUUGAGGGUUGUAGGACUCAGUCCGGAGGCUAUAGAGGCGAUAUGUUCGCGCGUCAGUUCGCUGGAAGAGCUGCGCGAGCGUUCGGACCAUGAGUUGCGGGCGAUGCUCGCGGGCGCGCGCGACGAGGAGGUGCGGCGGCUGUGCAGAGCUAUGCAUCGUCUCACCACCUAUACUGGUAACCACUAUCAGUCAAUCGGUUUUAUAUUUGAUAUACACAGAAAACAUUUAAAAAAAUAGAAAUCAAAAUAAAGGACACGGGCAAAACUUGCCACAGAGAAGUUUCAUAUUUUUAUAAAGAAAAACCAGAAAGACUUAAUGAGAUUACAAUUACAAAACAUAGAGAUAAUUUUAUAUUAGAAACUUCAAAUGUAGUGGGGUUUAAGAAUAUGUUUAUGAAAGGUAUACAAUUAAUUUGCUAUAAACAAACGAGCCUGGAGUAGUUGUUGUGAUGUGAUGUGACGCAGAGGCGUUGUGCCGCGGCGAGGGCGGCGCGGAGCUGCAACUGUUCUGGGACUCAUGGGAGCGGCACUCGCAUGCGCGCAACUCGCCGCGCCCGAGACCGAGACGCUCCAACGAUAACGACUCGCAACACUCCACGCCGCAGGGGAAGAGAGGUGGUAAAUCUCCAACGACUCCCGUGAGCAAACGUAAGCAGAACUCUAGUCUGCCGGCGCCCGCCGCCCUCACCAAGUCCCGCUCACACGAGUCACAGCUGUCCGUCAGACCGGACGCCUCAGAUCUCAGUGACAACAGUCAGUCGUCAGCGAUGGGCACGGCGGAGGGCAGCCCGCCCUCCUCGCCGCGGCUACCGGAGCCCGACGCCACGCCGCCGCAUCGGCCGCACUGCAACAAUCACGUAGCAGCGAUAGGCGCUCCUCGGUCCCCUCGCACUCCAACAGUGAGCCGUUGUAUGGCUCACGAUAUCGCCCACCGGUUCACUAAAACUUUCAACAUGAUCGCCACAUGCGACUACUGCGAUAAACAGAUGCUAUUCGGCUCUGGACUCAAGUGUAAGGAGUGCAAGUUCAAGUGCCACAGAGACUGUGAAAGUAAAGUUCCUCCGUCGUGCGGCCUACCACCCGAAUUUGUGGUAGCGUUCAAAGAAAAGUUUCAUAAAGAAUGUAAGUUCAUUUUCUUUUCAAUAUUACAAUGGUAUUAUCUACUAUAAAACAGUAUAAGGGGCCGUCCAUUAAUCACGUGAUGUUUUUUGUGGCAUUUUUUAACCUCCCCUCCCCCAUAGUGAUACAUGGUGAGGUUUAAGACUAAAUGCGAAAAACUUUAUGAAUAUUAUUAUUUUAUGAACGUUUGACGAAAAAAUAAUUUUAUUACACUUAUUUACGCCGCUUUUCGGUUGAGUAUCGCGCGUUUGACGAAAAAAUAAAUACACGUGAUAUGUUACUUCACCCCCCCUCCCCCCUUGUGAUAUAUUGUGACUUUUUUAUGGACCCCUCCCCCCAUUUCGAGCCUCACGUGAUUAAUGGACAGCCCCUAAUGCAUUUAACAGAUAGUUAACUGAAUCUGUUUUAUUUAAUUAGAACUGUAGUAGAUGUUUGUUACUGAAGAUUGUCUAAGCUGUUUCAAAAAAAGAUCAAAUAAGAGAUCAAUCAAUGUUUGGAGAUCAUUACAUUGCUUCUAAUUUACUCAUAGCGGAGAAAAUUAUUUUAAUGUAUGAAGUAAUAUCUAAUUUAAACUUUGUUAAGUAGAAAAUGCAAUAGGAUAUGUUAAUGCAACUUUUUUUCGCUAGAUUGUUUACUACAUGUAUUAACUAAUGUUUGUUUUAUACAUCAAGUGUACCUCAUAGAAUAAGAAACAAAGAAUAAAGCAAUGGGGAUUACAGAAGCCAUUUAUUAUUGUUUUAAAAAGAGCGUCACUUUCUACCCGUUGCACAAACGUCCAUUAAAAUUGACAUUAUUUUAAAGCGAUAUUAUUGAUACAAUUUUUCAAAUCAAUGGACGUUUGUACAACUGGGCGUAUGCAUUAUUCUUGCAUAUUCGGAUGCAAGAAGGAACGGAAUAUUCUUAAAAUAAAACGCAUAAGAUAAACCAAAAAAUGGUCGAAAAUAUUUGUUGGUUUAUUUUAUGCGCUGGUGCUGCCAUCUAAGCCGAGUUUCGCGUGGUAUUCUCUGUUGCGAAGUGCAAGAUGAAGUGACACACGUUUACACGUUUUUUUACUUGUCACUUCGAAUGUGCAUUUGCUACUUACUGGCUGAUUUACACAUAAUUAAGUAGAUUUUUAACCUAAUUUUAAGUGAUUAAGUAUUUGUAAACACACAAAUAAGUAAUAAGUAAAAAUUUAGAUAAUUAACUGAUAUGACUUUAAUUGAAUUUAAAAUUCUACUUAAUUACGCGUAAACCAGCUAUAACAAUGUGUUAAUUGUUCAGCAUUAAAAAAGUAUCGCACAUUGUGUGCAGCGCCGGGCUCGGGCGGGUACUACGGCUGCGGCAGCCCCGUGCAGGCGCGGGGCGCGGCGGGCCCGGGCGCGCGGGAGGGGGGCGGCGGCGCCGGCGGAGGGGGCGGGGGAGGAUCCUUCCUCGCCUCGCUCACGCACCGCCCACGCUGGCGGGCCACGCCCACCACACACCAUCACGUACGUAUACUUUAAAGCUCCUCCUCCUCCUAAAAUAAGACUCGUCGGUUCUUCG